AUGGAUAAUUAUCGAAAAGUGUCUCCUGAAAUAAAAUGUGGUGACUUAAUUCUAAAACUAGACUUGGGAAAACCCAGUAAAACAGCCCAAAACAAGGCUUUACAGGAACUAAGAGAAACGCCAGAAAAUAUUCAAAAAGGCUUAAUCGAAUUGAAAAAUUUAUUACAAGCUGAAACUAAAUUAAAUAUCCCCAAAACUGAUGAGGAGUGGCUGAUACUAUAUUUGAGAGCUUGUAAAUUUUAUCCAGAAAGUGCCAGAGAUUUGGUCAGACGUAAUUACACUAUACGCCGCAAAUAUACCGAAAUAACAAAUCUCUUAAUGACCAUUAAAUUGAAACCGGUAUUUGAUAACAAUUUGGUAACAAUGCUACCCUGGCGCGAUCAACAUGGCCGACGCAUUAUAGUCUCAGUAAUGAAACAAUGGGACCACAAAGCCGUACCCUAUGAUACAGUCUAUGCCGCCUGUGCCCUAUGCACCGAACUCAUACAACUGGAAGUGGAAACCCAAAUAAAUGGUGUUAUGUAUUUAGUGGAUUUGCAGGAAUUAACAUUUGGUCAGGCUCUACAAUAUACACCGUAUCGGAUAAAACGUAUUCUGGACAACAUACAAAAUAAUAUACCGCUCAGAGUCAAGGGCUUCCACGUUGUCAAUCAACCGAAAUUCUUUGAACCAAUUUUCUCCACAUUUAAAUUAUUUUUUAAUCCGAAAUUUGCUGCUCGUAUAAUGUUACAUGGUACGAAUUAUGAGUCGCUACAUCGUUAUAUAUCGCCUGAAUAUCUGCCAGAAUGUUAUGGCGGUACAAUGAAAACGGAAUUUAGAUAUGGCCCGGAAACGUAUCAGUUGCUGUCACAUUAUGAGAAAUAUUUUGAGGACUUAUUGCAGUAUGGUUUCAGAAAGCAUUAAGAAGAUUCUAGAAUAUUUUUGUUAUGUUCCUAUUAAGGUUAUUAAGAAAGUUGUGCGAGGCAUUGGUUUCUCAUUGGAAUGCUGUGUCGCCGUAAGCAUUAAACAAUAAGGAAAAUAUACAAAUU